GUUCUCAAAUUUCAUGAUUUUGACCGCCGGACUUUUCCACUUGUUGAUAGAUAGGUGAGUGGAGUUGGUUGGAUCGGCGAAGCUUUACGUGAUAACAGUUCGUUCUCCAUUCGCCCAGCCGUGUUGGGUCGCUCGUAGGAUCGCUACUUGCAACCUCAUUUUUCCAUCCUUUUCUCCCACAAAAAACCGGCUUGUAUCAUUCAGCUUGGCGGCCAUAACAUUACUCGACUUGCCAUUGCCCUCUCAGACAAAGUCCAACAUGUCUGAGACGGUUGUAGAGCUACCUACCUUCGAGGACAAUGAAGCUUUUGGUUCAAUUGUCCGAAAACUUUCCUACUUUUUUGUCACUGCGAUUGAAACUCCGCAUACCUUUGAGGAUCUUCGAAGCUCGGUGGUUGGGCGACCAUUGAGGCAACUUGUCAAGUAUCUCACCGUCGAGGUCCAUCAUCCAGCAAUUGUUUCCGCGCUUCUUGCACUCAAAUCUCACUUUGCCUCAUUGGACGCCGAUGAUAGAGGCAUCAACGACACGAGAGGCCUUGCUUGCGAAAUUGUGGCCUGGCGGUUUCUUGCACAUCUUUCAGAGAGAGAAGUCAUAGACUAUCUUCUUUAUUUCCUUCCACAUCCUGCUGCCGAGGAAAUCGCGGAUCCCGAAAACGGCCAAGCAAACGGCCGUCAUUCAAAUUCUGCUGAUGAUCCCGACGAGCAGACGCAUUUGCUGUCUCGCGCUGCGACGAUUCCCGCCACACCGGCUGCGGUUCCGCUGCAUUUCGGAACUUAUGCGGGAGAUCAAGAGGACGAAAUAGACCUAACGCCGUUAUUUCUUGGUAAGAACGCUCUGGAGAUUGCCGCAAUCGCCGAUGCGAAGACUUUCCUGAGUCAGAGGGGAAUCCAGAAUGUCAUCAACGGCAUCUGGCGCGGGGAUAUAGUCUUCUGGGAAUCUAUGAGCGUUCAUUCAACCAAGAAAGUGCGGCUCUAUAACAAAAAGAGGGCAGACCCAUACUGUCGACUGAGAGUGCCAAAGUAUCUCAAGGUGUUCCAGGCUCUGUUCUUCGCAAGCUUCUUGGCUUUGUACUACGCUGUAUUGAUUCAACGAGACUCGGAAAAGAUUGUUCCUGUUGAAAUUUUGCUAUUACUUUGGAUUGUGGCUUUUGCAUACGACGAGUUUGGCGAGCUUCAAGACAUGGGAGCACUUCUCUAUGUCACUGAUUUUUGGAGUAUAUGGGAUUUAGGUAUAAUUUGCGUUGGCGUAGCGUACCUUGUCGCACGUUUUAUUGGUGUCGCAAAAAAGGAUGGCCAAAUCGUGGAGCUGUCUUUUGACAUACUGUCGCUCGAAGCUCUUCUUCUGGUGCCCAGAAUCUUCUCAUUGUUGAGCCUCAACCCUUUUUUUGGGACCCUGAUUCCCUGUCUUAAACAAAUGACCAAAGAUUUCCUCAAGUUUCUCUCUUUAGUGGUUAUUCUUUACCUAGGGUUUUUCACCACCUUCACAUUACUAGCCAGGGAUCAGUUUACGCUUCGGGAAAUGUCCUGGGUAUUGAUCAAGGUAUUUUUUGGGUCGAGUUACCUGGGUUUUGACGUUGCUAAAAAAAUUUCACCGAUUCUUGGCCCAGCAUUGAUGCUAAUUUUCGUCUGCAUGACGAACAUCCUUCUUGUCACCUCCUUAAUCAGUCUGCUCAGCAAUAGUUUGUCAAAGGUCAUGGAACAUGCGCGAGAGGAAUAUCUUUUCAUCUAUUCCGUCUAUGUUCUUGAGGCUGCUUCUUCUGACCGACUCACUUAUUACUAUCCUCCUUUGAAUCUGAUACCUCUCGUACUUUUCCGCCCGUUGCGGCUCAUAAUGCCCGCGGAAAAGGUCCGAAGUGCUCGGAUUGUUGUGCUGAAGAUUACCCAUGCUCCCUUUGUACUUGCAAUAUGGGCGUACGAAAGUGCCCACCGUUCCCUCUCGGGCCGGAUGAGGUCGUCGUCAAUAAAGCUCGGCGGAGCGAGAGGGCCUUCAGGUGGGCCGGCCCCCUCGUUAAAGCGGUCAAUCUCGGCAAGCGUAGUGCCAUCGACGGCGGCUACCAAGCGUGACUUAUUGGCCCCAAGGGUCGUCUACCCCAGUCGAUCGGCGCAACAGCGGCCGACCUCGCAGCAGAGUAGCAACGUCGAUGCCCCGCCCGAAGAUUUGAGGGUCAUGGUAGAGAAACUGAGCUCUCAGGUCUCUGAGCUGGCCUCCAUGUUGGCUCGCCAGCAGAGCAGUUGAAAGAACCAUGGUGGGGCUGCCGGUCCCUCAGUGAUCCUCCAUCAUCGAUCGGAUACACCUCAAUUUCCCGCUCACGGGCAAUCCGCUGCCUGAUGCCAAUCAGGUUGACACUGCGUUCAAGCCUGCGCAACGCUCUCUACCGACCCAAACUUUGCAUUGGCAAGCAGCGAAGUACGAAGUACAUAGACCCUAGAUUACGACAAACUCAUCAUAUAGUACCAAAAGAACGCGAAAAAUACAGAAUUGAUAGGUAGAUGACUCUUAGGUGAC